UCUCAAUUAGUCAGAAAACUGUUUUAGACUGUACGCUGUCACUGUGUCUGAGUCGUGACUGAAAAAGCUCCGUUCGGCGGAGACGGUGAGGUCCUUUAUCGCCCAGCCGUCGCGUCGCGUCGCGUCCCCUAUUAAUUUUCUACACUCAUUUUUUUGGUCGGAGUUUCGUUGCCACACAUAUAGAACCUUACCGCUCAUAGGGUUAGAGAUUAUCGUCCGCCGUAACAUCUCGAAUCCAUUUGGGGGACACAAGAUAGGCAGCCCGAUAAGCUUCUUCUCACUGGUUACAACUGUCUAUUAGGCUUUGGAUCUUCUUACAGAUGGGAGAUAUUUGAUUGUUCUUCUGCGACGGUAAUUAAUUCUAGAUAAACACACUUGUUCAUUUCCUUUACCCCGCACCCGACAUGGCAACCAAGGCCCCCGAACACACUCUCAAGAAAGCCCGAUUCGAAAAGACUGCUGCCCUCGAGACCUCAGGAUCUCAGGAAGAGACCGCGAUUCGAGAUGCUGAUCACUCAGUCAAACCUCUAUCAUUGACGAUCAAUCCGGACUACGUUAGAAAGCUCAAAGCGAGCAACAUUCUCGGAUUUCAACGCCUUCCAGCUGCUUCCCGUUCCACGGCUCGUUACUACACACUCCGUGUCGAUCAGCUUCGGUCCAGGUUUUCUUACAUUCUCGAGAAUUAUCUCUCGAUUAAACUCAACGAGCAAGAAGAAAUCUUGUCCUUUGACGAGGUGACCAAUAAAGUCAACGCGAUAACUCCGAUCAUCGUGAAUGCUUGCAUGACUGCCGUUUACUUGAAACUGCAUAACAUUCACAAGUCUUUUCAAACACAUUCGACUCGUUUUGCGACUCCUCCGUCAUACACCGAGGAUCUCGAGCUUCCUCUACCCUUUGCCGAUGCCAUCUCCCAACUCGGCGUGUUCACUCCGAGUGGUUUGACUAAAAAUAUCUUUUGCGUUCCUGUUUACCCUGAAGGAACCGAGAAUGAAGGCCGAUCGAGCGAGAUUUGGCACAACUAUGACUAUGAAAAUGUGAUGCCUUGCCUUAGAACGCUCGGAAUCAAGCUGAAAUCGGUCGAUACCAAAUCGGAGGUUGGGUCUGCUUGGUGGACAUUCAGGCACGAGCAUGUUUAUGGUCAUUUUGAUCUUCGUUGCAUAUUUUCUCCGGUCAACUACAGUGACCACGCUUGCUUGUUAGCCAGCAUGUUUAUCCCGCACGAGAAUCCAGACAAUGAUGCCUCCAGCCUGAUCGUCUUCCAUAACGAUGAUGUCCCAAACUACCCUUGUCGUCUUCGAGAAAUACCGCCUGGUUUUCAGCUUAGAGCUUUCAGCGCUCUUUGUCAUGGCCCCCGGGAAGAGUGGCUCAUUUAGGUGAAAACAGUGGCCGGUGAGGCAUUCAGACGUACAGUAGCAAAUUCAUUUGUACAGUGCCAUGUGCUGGUCAUCUUUCAAAUUGGCAUUAAGUUGACUAGCGGACCUAGACUUGUCAGCACUUUUUUUUUUUUUUUUU